AUGCUGCUGCGGGUGCAGCGCUUCUUGAGGGAGGUUCGCAAGGCGACCAGACUGCAGAGCUACGACGUGCGGGAGGAAUUGGUGCUGUGGCACUUCAGGCACUCGAGCUCGCUGCGGGAAUGGAGCUGCAUCAGCGAUCGGGACAUGGGCGGCUACUCGACCGCUUCUCUGGAGCCCAAUGGGAAAGGUGGCGCUACUGGUGAAGUCACGUAG